GUGCUUUUUAGUGGGAAAAGGUUUCGUGAGCAAUUCAGCUACAUGGUCUCAGCUACUUCUGCAAGGGCGCACACUAGAAACAGAGCCACACCCUUCCAAUUUUCCUUAGGUGGGUUGAGCAAGAAGGUCUCAGCUUCCUGAGCCAGGGCUCACUCACACCACAAGGAACACAGCCAGACCCACUUCUUUUCAACUUUUUUCAGAAAUGAUUGUACCAGUAGCAAUAGCUUUGACAGUGGGUCUUCUAGGGUGGGCUUAUCAAGCACUAAAGCCUCCCCCUCCGAAAAUAUGCGGAUCGCCUGGUGGUCCUCCUGUUACUUCACCAAGAGUAAAGCUCAGUGAUGGUAGGCAUUUGGCCUACAGGGAGUUUGGAGUUCCAAAAGAAGAGGCAAAACACAAGAUCAUUGUCGUUCAUGGCUUUGAUAGUUCCAGAGAUUUGAGUUUACCUAUUGCUCAAGAACUUGUAGAGGAGUAUAGAAUAUAUUUCCUGUUCUUCGACAGAGCAGGCUAUGGAGAGAGUGAUCCAUAUCCAUCGCGUUCUGUCAAGAGCGAAGCAUUCGAUAUUCAAGAGCUCGCGGACAAGUUGCAGAUUGGGUCUAAGUUUUAUGUAAUCGGAAUCUCAAUGGGAGCUUACCCUAUUUGGGGUUGCUUGAAAUACAUACCACACAGAUUGUGUGGAGCUUCCCUGGUAGUUCCUUUUGUGCACUACUGGUGGCCUUGUGUUCCUGCUAAUAUAUCAAGAGAGAGCCUCAGCACUCUCCCCGUAUCAGAUCAAUGGGCGUUCCGAGUUGCACAUUACGCCCCUUGGUUAUUCCAUUGGUGGAUGACUCAGAAAUUUUUCCCUUCACUAAGUGUCUUGUGUGGAAAUACCUCAGUUUUCAGCCGUACAGAUUUAGAGAUGCUGAAGAAACUCUCAGAAGCACCAAGUGUUGGUCAGGAGAAGAAAACACAGCAAGGAGUCCACGAAUCUCUGUACCGAGACAUACUGGCUGGCUAUGCAAAGUGGGAAUUCGACCCAUCGGACCUGAAAAAUCCAUUCCCUGACAAUGAGGGCGCAGUUCACAUUUGGCGAGGCUGUGAAGACAAGAUCAUUCCUUAUAAACUAAACCGCUAUAUUGCAGAGAAGCUUCCCUGGGUUCACUAUCAUGAAGUUCCUGGUUAUGGCCAUUUGCUUUUUCUUGAGAGUCAUCUAUGUGAAGCUAUUUUUAAAGCACUUGUGCUUGGAGAAUAAGCUCCCAUGUUGAUAGCAGGCCUAAUAUCUAUAGGAUAUGUUGUAUUGAGCUGCCAUGGAUUCCAAAUUUAGGGGAAGAAGAGGAUAAUGGUAGAAAUGAUAAUUUUUGUUUUUUAA